UGUCUUCAACGUUGGCACGAGCACAAGCGGUGAUGCUCACAAAACCGAUUUUGAGAAACCAUCCACACAAAAUCAACUUGCUGCAGCCAUGACCGACACAACAUCCACCCUUGAGCUCUUUGCAGCCAACCUUGUGUUUUCCAACAUGAACGUUGAAAUCGUCUCUGACAAUGCCCGUGUCCACAAGUCAAAGUCAUUCACCCUUGUCACCAGCAGCACUUCUCGAAGGAGCAAAGUGACCAGCAAGUCCGUGCCUCGUCGAACGCUCUCUUCGCCACCACAGAACCGCAAAAAGGUAGAUCGUUGGGAAAGCUGCUCUCAAAGAAGCCCUGAGAAGAAGAGUGUAUCAGCUGUGGCACCCAAGGUACCCGUCAGAAUACACGACAAUGUCGGUGGGGCUCCCAAGCUCCCAGUGCGACUCCAAGAUGCACCCCAACCCGUUGUGGUAUCCAGAAAAGCAGCAUGAAGCAACUAACAGUGCAAGUGGUCGCAAUAGCCACAUCACAGACAACAAUGAGACGGACUGUCUGGCCAACCACAGAAACCGUACUUUGAGACGGCAAAGUCAAGCCACGAGCGCACCGCUGGUAGCCGACAAGGCACGAGGUGGCCACGCAUACUGUAACGUACUACGGUAGCGAAAAUGGACUGUCCCUGAUGCCCCGCCAAACCAUGGCAGAUACCAGGCCGGGCACCUCAUGGAGGUGCAUGUGAAGCCUUCACCACAAAAAAGCCUGCCUGUGGCACCAAUAGUAGACGUAAAAAGUCUAAACUAGCUCUUGGGCAUCACG